AUGUCUCUUUUUCCUCCUCACAAUCCACCCGGACAAUCUCUCCCUGAUGCACUCACUGAUGAUAUACCACAUUCCCAGCUGCCGGCCGAUGCCUUAUCCCUGCGGAACCAGCAGCUCUCCGCUCUCAUCGGCACUCUACAGGCCGAGUGUGACCAGGUUCUCACCGCCAACAACGAGCUCACCCUGGAACUAGUUUUAUUGCAACAGCGUCGAAUUGCAUUGGAGAUCUUGUUGGAACGGCUGACUCCUCUGGAAGCAUAA